AUAUACACACUUAUGUCUUCCUGGAUCCUGUCCUAACACACUCUUACCCUUUCCUUCUCUUCAAUCUCUCUUCACAUAAUGGGAAACUACGUUUCUUGUGGUCUAAGCAACACAACCUCUUCUUCUUCUCCUUCAUCAAUAGUGAUUCUCCCUGACGGCGAAGUACGUCACAUUCACGCGCCGACUAAAGCGGCUGAGCUUAUGAUGGAGAUUCCUAGCUUCUUCCUCGUCGACGCCGAAACGUUAAAGAUUGGUCGGAAACUUAGCCCUUUAGCCGCAGACGAUGAUCUUGAAACUAGUGGCUGCCAUGUGUACGUCGCUUUCCCCAUGACGCGUGCCACGUCAGCAGCGAACGCUUCGGACAUGGCUCGGUUAUUUGUAGCCGCUAAGAAACAACAGCGCCGCCGUGUCGGAACCAAAUCUUUAGCCGUGAAACACUGUUACAACGGUAGGGUUUCGCCUGAGGGAGAGGAGGAUGAUGACGUCAAGAUGAUAUCAGCGGGGUCUAAGCUGAGUUUAGAAGACAUUGAUGAGUUCUUAGCGGCGGAGUUUAUGCAUAGAAUCUCGACUUCGAGAUCUAAGAAACCAAAGUUGGCAACCAUAACUGAAGAAGAAUCUUUGUCUUAA